AUGCAGACGACUGCAUAUGAAAUUGUCAAUGGAAGCUACGUUCCUGCCGUUGAUACUAAUCAAUCGAGUAGAAAAAUUAAGGACAAAGCUGUUAAAAAGCCGCUCGAAACUGUUGGUGCAUUUCAGAAGCUUCCCAUGGUGAUGCCGUCGGUUGAUAUUCUGUACUCAGCAUUGAGGAAAGCAAAGAGGGUCUCAGCUACAAAGGGUAUUGCUAAUGCUGCAAAGCGUGAAAGAAACAAAGGCGCCAAACAACUUGAUGCAUUGAUGAAAGAACUUGCAGUUCCCUUGAGGACGUACAAGGAGAAUUUCCCAGACAAAAAGGAUUUGCACCCUUAUGAACGGUCUCUAAUUGAGUUGACUCUUGGAGAUGGGAACUACGAGGAGGUCUUAGGAAAAGUUGAUACUUUGAGGAAGAAACUAGUGUCAGUGGGAAAAGAACAUGCUUCCUUCUGUGCCAAGGGAAUGAAGAAAAUUGAAGAAAUUUUUAAUAAUGAAGGGGAAGCUGUAGAUGAACUUUUGCAUAUUGCCAAGAUUUGUAAUUAUCCUUUCACAACAAGAGGAAUUCUGAUGGGUCACAUGACAUUGAGCUACCAGAAUUUCCAGGUGACAGAUACACCUGGUCUACUAAGAAGACACGAUGAGAAAAGGAAUAAUUUGGAAAAGUUGACGCUUGCCGUCCUCUCCCAUUUGCCAACUGCUGUUCUCUAUGUCCAUGACCUCUCUGGACAAUGUGGGACCUCCCCUUCUGAUCAGUUCAUCAUUUACAACGAAGUAAAAGCAAGGUUUGGCGACCAUCUAUGGCUUGAUGUAGUGUCUAAAUGUGAUCUGCUAAAUGAUUCCCCAGUAGUCUUCGUCACAGAAGAUAGUACAGCUGAUAAUGUUGAGCUGGCAAAGUAUCGUACGGUGGGACCUGAAGGGGCAAUACGUGUAUCUAUCAAGGAUGAAUUGGGUAUUCGUGAGUUGAAGAAUAGAGUGCGCGAGCUACUAAUUACUCAAUCUGCAAAGCUAAAAAUAUCUGAAAGCAAAGUCCUUGAAGAUCCCAAAUGA